CCUCAAUAGCGUGUGUGAUCGAUGCCUCUCUGAAAGCAUUGUAUAAAGACUGUCACUAGUACAGAAUCACCGUCAGACUCGAAGGAACGUCUGUCCACUCAUCAAGGGAACCGAGACAACUACCGGCUAACGCCACAUUACCCCUCAACGUUUAAAGCAACCUUCAACAAACAUGUCCUCAAGCCAAGGUGUGAUAUUUGUACUGGCAGGAUUUGCUCUUCUCGCAUUGGUCAACGCAGAGGCAUUAGAUGAUAACACAGCUGCAAGUCUAUACAAGUUAUUACAACCAGCCUAUCAAUCAACAGUAGCAGAGAAGCGGGAGGGUGACCUCAACCUUGCCUUCGAUGCCCCACCCGAUCCCAACUGGAGUGCGGGUCCUUCAACCUACGGCUUUGGGUCCCUACUCAGACGAGCACCCGCAGGCUACAGGAGGAACCUCAUCGAAGACAAGCGUUUUGGAUACGUUGGCAGCAGAGGAAAGAGGACAGAACUAGGAUUCGGAUAUGUUGGAAGCAGAGGAAAACGCACGAAUCAUGCCACCGCCUUUGUUACGUUAAGAGAUCUUUUGGAUAUGUACGAAGAGCGAGCUAGAGGAUUACCCUUCCGAGCAUCUGAUCUCAACAGCCUCAGCCAAGAUUCCGCUUUGCUCAACAGUAAACGACAACCACACUUCGGAUUCCACGGUGUAAGAGGUUGAACAUACUCACGCCUAGUGUGAGUGGAACUUUGAUGCUGAAACUGACAACAUACCUGUAAAUGGAAUGCAGUGUUUUGACUGAAGGCGGAAAUUCAAGUGGAACUGCUCUUACCACAAUGCGGGAUAUUACCUUACAACAGAGGACACGUGACAAAAAAAAUCAACAUUUUUUUCAAGACUCGUGACAAGAUAAACAGUAUCCUUGUGUGACAUUCAUUAUAAUAUGAAACGUAGGACCGUCAGCCGUACAAACAUUCUAAGUUUACUCUCAUUUAUUGUAAAUAAAAUCCGUGAAAGAAGAAAUGUUUUAUUGGUGCAUCACGUGAAAUGAUGCAUAUGGCACGUGACAAACAAGCACUUCCGUCCGGGGAUACAGAUAAAUUCCUUCAACUAACUGACAAGAAAGAACUAUCAUGAUCAUGCUGGUGUCCACCUGGGAGGGAGAGAGCCACUUAACCAAGGAAUUCAACUUCAUGAAGUGUGAUAUUUGAGAAUAGACAAUUGUACAGAGAUUAUGAUGUUCAUUUCCUUUUUCAUUCUUCGUUUGUAUCACAAUGUAGGUUGUCUGAUAGAGAUUGUCCAUUAUAUCAAUUCAGAGUUAUACAUUCCCCUAUUUUCAUAAUGAUUACUUUGUUAUUUCGUUUGCUUGUUAGAAUUCAUUUUGUAUGAAAAUAUCAGAAGCAUUGGACAUGUUGUUUAUUUGUUCACUUUAUUUAAUGCUAGAUUCAUGAAUACACACCAUCAGAUUUUGCCUUUGAAACGUAACGCCUGAUGCCAAUACUAUAUAUACUGCACAUAAAAUAGGUACGGAAUUACGAACUUCGAUUCUGGCUUGUUUCACCCCUUAAACAUAUUUAUGUGGCAUUUCUGGCGGUGUAUAUUCUUUUUAGAGCUGCGGGUGAUUAUACGCUUGUACAUUUCAUUAUAUUUCUCGUGAUAUAUCCGUUUCUUCUAUUUUUGUCUCUGCAAAUAGAAAAUAUUUUAAAAUAAAUUUGUCUUCAAAACUAAUCGUCCGUGCUCCUCUGUGGUAAAUAAAAAUCUAAGAGUUGCACACAGAAA